AUGGUGUCCACUCUACUAUUAUCACAGUGUACUUAUAUCAACACUUUUAUCAAACAUUUUAAACUCAAAAAUACUCAUAUUAUCUCUACUCCUCUCAAACCUAAUGUUAUUCUAUCAAAUGACCAGUCACCAAUAACUAUGCAAUGUAUCAGCAAAAUAUACAAUAUCCUAUAUCAAGAACUUCUUGGUUCUUUUGCAUGGGCUGUGCUUAGCUUAUGUCCUGUUGUAUUUACAACCUCAAUUCUUACACAAUUCACUUAA